AUGGUGAUCGCGCUUCCACUGGAACGAUUGCAAACCACUCGUUAUCGUCGGGAUCCGUUCCGGAAGGGCGAUGAUCGCCUGGUCCCAGAGCAUGACGAGGCACGGGGCGUGUGGACGAUCACCGUUAGGGCCAUCGUGUGCAGUCGAGGGGCCCGGAGGAUCCGGAGGGUGGAAGAGACGAUUCCCCUUCACUUCCUCGCCAGUCGUCGGUUGGUUUUCGUCCUUGAUCCACGAGGAAGUACUCGGGGCGGAACUGCAAGCAUGGAACUCAGGGUCGCGCUUGCGCUGGGAAUCGCCAUGGUGAUGGUAUCUGGGGCAUCCGCAGGGAUGAUGCUUGAAAUAAUCAAGACCAUCGGGCCGGGGAUCAGCCGCAUGAUGGACAACCGCGACGGACCCGACAAGCCGAGCGAACUGGACAAUUUUAUCACCGGCUUCGGAGACGCAACGGGACUCCGAGGCGGCUUGGCUUGGAUCAGUCACGCUCCGCACGUCAUCAUUCCCGCCCUCAUGAGAUACGCCGAGAGCGUGGAAAAUGACCUGCCUCCUCAGUGCGCGAUGAGAACGAUGUGCGAGGCGAACCGGAGGAUGGUGGAAGAGUACGGGACUCCGGGCCAUAUCAUCGCCACUGUCGGAACGGAGCUCGUCUGCUCUACGUUGGACUCGCGCAACCCAGAGCGAUACGAGGCUGCAGUGGGCGCUGGCCAAGCCGGACGGAACUUCGCCGAGUGCAUGCAAGACUUCCCCGACUGCCCCGACUUCCCUGAUCCUCUCUACAGCGAGCCGUAG